AUGGCUGACCCAACUGGCCCCCCGCCACACUCGUUUACGGGCAUCCUCAAGGACAUCGAGCACCAAAAUCCGCCCAGAGAAAGCGACGAUGCUUCCCAGAGUCACGAAGAGCACCACGCACUGUCGGAAAAGGCGUCGUCUCACAGGCGGUCCAAGCCGGCUUCCAUCGACAUCGACAAGACCCAGCCGCAGGACUUUGAUGGCGAGCUGUCCACGAACAACGAGCUGCCGUCUGCCAAUGUCCAGAAGAUGAUUGAAGACUACAUCGUGCUGGACCGCCAUGGCAAGUCGAGGACGUUCAAGAGCCUUUAUAUGGGCAACAACAAGGCCAGACGAGUGCUCGUCAUCUUUAUCCGGCACUUUUUCUGCGGCAACUGCCAGGAAUACCUCCGUACCCUGUCCGAACAUAUUACCCCCGAUUCUCUUCUGCGACUCCCCAUCAGCACCUUCAUCACCGUCGUCGGAUGCGGCGACCCUGCCCUGAUCGACAUGUAUGCCAAAGAGACGGGUUGCCAGUUCCCCAUAUACACGGACCCGACUCGAUCGCUAUUCGACGCACUGGGCAUGGUCAAGACGCUCAACAUGGGAGAUAAGCCAGCAUACGCAAAGAAGAGCACGUCAAGAGGGAUCUUCGAUAGCAUCGUUCAGGGGCUGAAGCAAGUGCCCAAGGGCCUGGCGCUGAAAUCUGGUGACCAUCGGCAGGUGGGCGGCGAGUUUCUCUAUGAGCCGUUCCAGGUUUCGACGCCGGUUACAACGCCGCAUGAGGAGCAGCAUCCCCAGUUUGGAACGUUUGAGAGGCCGGAAAACGGAAACAAAAACGGCAAGGCCAGAGAAGAGGAGGACCGGGCUGAAGAGAAGAGGAUUACGUGGUGCCACAGGAUGAAGACUACGAGGGAUCAUGUAGAGAUACCCGAGCUGAUGGAGGUGCUGGGCUUGGAUGCCCAGGCGCAUGUGCCAGCUCCCAAAGAUGAAAAGAGGUGGGUAGAAGCUACGCGGGAGAGAAAGGGCACGGGUGUCACCAUGGUCCCUGAGAUGAAGAGGCUUAGCCAAGCGGCUCGCGAAAGUGCUGAGCACUCUCAUGAACCUGUGGCGGCUGAGAACAACUAA